AUGACUCUGUUCCAGCUCAUCGUAUUCCUAUUCGCCGUCGCCGUGGCUCACGCCGCAGUCGUGGUCGACAACGAAGCCACCAGCUUCGAAUACGGCGUCGCUGACCCCAGCACUGGUGACUACAAGAGCCAAAGUGAAUCCCGUGUUGGAGGCGUAGUCCGCGGCCAAUACUCUCUGAUCGAACCUGAUGGCUCCAAGCGCACUGUUGACUACACCGCUGACGACGUCAACGGAUUCAACGCUGUUGUACGCAAAGACCCAGUCGCCACCUCAGUCGUCACCCCCGUUGUUGCCGCCCGCUCUGUCGUUGCCCCCGUGGUCCCCAAACUGGUUUCUCCAGUAACCUACGCUCGCUCAUACAGCCCAGCUGUCGUUUCCCCAGUGGUCGGCACCGUUGCCCCUGUCUACGCCAACGCUCCAGUCUACGCUUCAGCUCCCUUUGUACGUAGCUACGCUGCCCCCACUGUCUACGGAAACACCGUUGUUUCCCAGGCUUACCCCUACUACAACAACUACAACACAGUCCCAGUCAACUACUACUAA